CAGCCGCAGCCCACGCCCCGGAAGGGACAGAGCUCGCGGAGGCAGCAUCGGACGCAGCGCCGGCCCAGCAUGAACGAGAGGUUGGUCGACGAGUACGACGCCAUGGCGGAGAUCAGGGCGCUGAGGAACCCGACGAGUCGGCGUGGGCAGACGUCCAUCACGCAUCUGCUGAAUUACUCAGCGCCGCUGCACCACCACCACGACAUCGGCCACCACCAUCAUCACCACUCGAACCCCAGGUCCUAUCGGCGAAAUCCAACCUGGGGUCCCGGGUCAGGCUAUCACGCCGUCGACAAGUCCCGCUACGUCCACGCCAACUAUCGCUUCGUCGUCUCUCCCGACGAAGACUACUCCAAGCAAGGUGCGGAUGCCGAUCUCUUCCUCGACUGGUCCAAUGUCAUGCAGGUCAUUGCGUCGUCGGAAUCGCAGGCUUCGUCGUGCCCAAUAUGCUUGUCGGAGCCGGUCGCCCCCCGGAUGGCAAAGUGCGGACACAUCUUCUGCCUGACGUGCCUGCUUCGCUUCAUGAACUCGGCGCUGAGCGAGGACGAGGCGAAACCGGGCAAGGCCGCCAAGUUUAGGAAGUGCCCCAUCUGCGAAGACAACAUCUAUCUCCCCGACGUGCGGCCUGUGCGCUUCUACGCUGGACAGGAGAGCCCUCUCCCCCGGGUUGGCGAUGACGUUGUCUUGAGGCUCAUGGCGCGGAACGCAGGCUCAACUCUUGCCCUUCCGCGCGCGAGCGGAGCCGAGGUGCUCAACUCGGGAGACAGCGUACCGUGGCACUUUGCCGCCAACGUUCUGGACUACGCUCGUGUCAUGAAGGGCACGAGAGAGUACAUGGCCGGUCAGUUUGACGAAGAGAUUGCGGCGAUGCUACAGCAGGCUGCGGAAGACGAAGCCUUGUUUGGGCAGGACGGCGAGUGGACGCAAAAGGCCGUCAAUGCGGUCAAUGCCGCCAAGGAGAAGCUCCUUACUCUUGGCGGCGCCGAUGAAGCCAGUACGGGCUCCUUGCCCAGCUCUGCGAAGCAGUCGUCCGAGUCCGACUUUUACUUUUACAGCGCUUUGCCACACUUGUAUCUUUCGCCCCUAGACAUUCGGAUUCUGAAGACGCAAUUUGGAUCCUUCUCAGCCUUUCCAUCGACCCUGCUUCCCAGGGUCGAGCACAUCUCCACCGGCCACGUUGUCGAUGACACACUGCGGAGACGGGCAAAAUAUCUGGGCCACCUUCCUCAUGGCUGCGUCAUCAGCUUUCUGGAGUGCGACUGGACAGACAUUGUCCCUGCUGAGACGCUGGAGACGUUUGCCUCUGAUAUCGAGCGGAGGCGGAGUCGCAACCGGGAUAAGGCUGCACAGGAAGAGCGAGAGCGCCUCCAGUCCGAAAGGAUAGAGGCGGCUGCCCUGCGGAACCUGACGGGAUCCCGCCGGCCUCAUUCUCCGCCCAUCCAGGACGACUCGCCCCCUUUCGUGGACAUGUCAGAAUUCCAGCCCCUGGCGGCGCCGUCGGGUACGACACCUCCCGAGGCACGGUUGGGAUUCUCCACGCUAGCCUCCAUGUCGACGAGUCCUUCCGCACAGAGGACUGUCUGGGGCACGCCAGCUGUGUCAACGGCUCCUGGGAUGGAAGAUAUACCAGCGCCCAGCAAUGCUGAUGACGGAUGGCUCAGGGACGAAGAUGUCUUUAUGAGCCCUAGCGAGCUCGCCAGGCAAAUGGAAGCAUUGAAUGCCAUGGAUAAAGAAGAUAACGGGCAGAGCAGCAACACUCGAGGUGGUGGAGGAGGAGGAGGCGGCGGCGGCAAGAAGAAGAAGAAGCAGAAGAUUACACUGAUGAGCACUGGUGGGCGGCGUGGC